AUGGACGAAAUUGUAUUUCCAAAAGAUUUUGUACAGACCCAAAAGGCUGUUCAACGAUUAAAAAGCAUUAGAGAAAAAACACUUGCUGGAAUUCCUGUUCUCCUUAAUGGUCCAACAGGAACAGGAAAAACUUAUUCUGCUAAAAUUGCAUUGGGCGAUGCAAUAAUUUUCAAUUGCAGCCAAGAAACUACAGUAGAUCAGCUCAUUGGUAAAGUCAUAUUACAAAGUUCAAGUACAGAAAUAACAAAAUUUGAAGAAGGCCCAUAUACAAUUGCUUAUAAAGAAGGACGUUCCAUUAUUCUAGAUGAACUCAAUUUAGCAUCAGAAGAAAUUUUACAAUUCCUAGAAGCAUCACUUGAUCAGGAUUUUUUGGUUAUUGAAACAAACAAUGGAAAUCCUCAUAAAAUAAGAAGAAAUAAGAAUUUCAAACUUGUUGCAACACAAAAUCCAGCUGAAGAUGAUUAUAUUAAAAACAGAAAUAGAUUAUCAGCGAAAUUCUUAUCAAAAUUCAGUAUAAUCAAUUUUGAUCCUUUUGAUUCUGACGAAUUACGUAUUAUUGCUCAAUCAAAAUUGAUUGAUAAUGAAACAACUCAAAGAUUACUUGAAUUUCAUGAUUCAUGCAAAAUUAAGGAAUCAAAUUCAUACAGAAUGUUCACUGUCAGAGACAUUAAAUCUACAAUACACAAUGUUUCAAAUCAAAUAUCAUUGCCACUAUCUAUUUAUUUAACAUACAUUGCAGGUUUCCCAUCAUCAGAAAGAUCAAAAUUAGAAGAUUUACUCAAAAUAUCACUAGGAAUUGAUUCAAUUCCACAGCUUCCAAGAGUAGAUUUUGAUUCAACAAACUAUUUCAAGAAUCGUGCUUUAACAAAUGCAUUGUCAAUAUCAAACUUUUUAUGCAUUCAAAAAGCCAAACCAUUAUUAAUUGUAGGUGAAGUUAAUUCAGGAAAAACAACACUGGCAAAAUUAAUAUCACAGGAUUUUCAUCCAAAGAGAUCUCCACCACGAACUGUUAUUUGCACUCCAGAAACAACAAUUUCCGAUUUAAUUGGAAAAUAUACAAUUGAAUCUCAAAAAGACAAAGGGAUAGAACCUACAAUUCCGUUACGAUGGAUUGAUGGUCCAGUUGUAAAUUCGAUUUUAAAUGGAGAUGUACUUUUACUCGAUAAUAUUUCAAACAUUCAAAGCCAGGUUAUCGAAAGACUGAACACUCUUAUUGAUACUUCAUAUGCCCAAGGAAGUGAAUUUAUGAUCAACGAAAGACCUGAAAAGCAAACAAUUAAUAUUCAUCCAGAUUUCAGAAUUAUUGCAACAGCAAGCUAUGAAACAAUCAAACAAAUGUCACCAGCAUUAAUUAAUAGAUUUAGCAUCGUCUUUCUUGAUGAUCAAUUCAAAUUAGAUAACGAAGAUUCACAAAUAUUCUUUGAAUAUAUUAGCAAGAGAAUUCCCGAUAUUGCCUCAGAAUUAAUAAAUCUUGAUUUCAAAAGCAAUGAUAAAUUUGUCAAAAUCAUUGAAUGCGCUAAUUCUUUUGUUAAAUUACAUCAGAGAUUUCCAGAUUUGCCAGGGCAUGAUAUCAUCCAAUUUUUAAUUAAUGUUUUAAUUGGUGAUGAAUAUGCUUCAAUUUCGGAGAGAUUUAUUGACACAGUAAUUUCAAAUAUUAAAAAUGACUCACCAACAUUUCAUUUCAAUGAAUCACCAAAGUUGAGAAAAUUUAUUGCAACUAUAGUUAGUUUAUUCUAUAUUGGCAAACAUGUGGUUGUUCAAUCUCAGACUGGAUACGGAAAAACAUCUGCGGCAGAGGCACUCGGAUAUAUUCUGGAUAAGAAAGUCAUCAAAGUAUCAUUCAAUUCAGAAACACAAAUAGGCGAAUUGUUUGGCAACGCCGUUGUUACUGGUGGUGGAUUCCAAGUCAAGAAAGGACCAAUUGCAGAAGCUAUAUCUAAUGGUUGCAUAUUCGUAGCAGAUGAAUUGAAUUUGGCAGAAUUAAACGUUCUCAAAUCGCUGAGAUUAGCAGUAGAUUGCAAUGGCGGUGAUGAACUUGAACUACCAAACAACGAAGGAACAAAAAAAGUUCAUCAAAAUUAUUUCUUCAUUGGCUGCCAAAAUGACAUUUCGAUGUUCGGAAGAAAGCGCCUUCCUGGUGAACUAACAUCAAAGAUUGUAAUGAUUGAAUAUCCGUUGCUUGAUGAACAAGAUUUACAAGGAGUAUUAAAAUCAAUUAUUUCUGAAAUGUCAGAAAAUAUCAUUGAUAUCAAUUUGAUGAACUAUCUCCAAAAUCUUAGCACCUUGAUGAUGAACAUCCGUAAAUCAGAGCUGUUAAAGUCAAAACCAUGGUCAUUCAGAGAAGUUCGAAGAUUUCUUAGGAGAAAUAUCUCAUUUAGAGAGAAUAAAACAUUAACACCUCACCAUCAUGCUGCAUUUCAAUUAUUAAGUGUACAUGAUGAUGAAAAACUACUAGAAAUCAUUAGAGUUGUUUCUAUUGCCUUCAAUUUAUCUCCAGAACAAGAACAACAACUUAUAACAGAUAUGAAAAGUAAUGUUCAAGUUGAAUUCAUUGAAAACAGUCCAAAUUGCAUUUUGAGAAAAGGAACUGUAGAAAUAACUGCUCCAAAACCAGAUGUUGAUAUCAAUAUUGAACUCAAUCAAGUCUGGGAGACAUAUUUCAAUAUGAAAAUCAUUGAUUCUCAAGAACCAAUUCUUCUUGUUGGCCCAUCUGGAUAUAAAGAAUUUAUUGCAAAGCACACAUCAAAUAAUCAAAAAUGUGUAACUCUCAAUAAGGAUUCAACAACAUCUUCUCUUAUUGGAAACAUCAUUUUAACAGAUAGAAAAUCAGUAAUUGCUUCAUUAAUGGAUAUUUUAUCUAGAAUUGGAAACAAUAUUACAAUAUUUGAUAGAGCAAAUACUAUUAAGAAGAAAAUCUUUGCACAGAAAUUUGAAAUUUCAGAAUUUGAAUCAUUAAUAAAUGAUCUUAUGCAACUUUCAUCAAUGCAUAAUGUAAUUGAGCAAAUCAAAAGGAAUAUUUUAGAAGCAAUUCAACAAGAAAAUGAUGAAUCAACAUUUCUUUCAUAUUAUACAACAGUAUUCACACCUGGAUUAAUCACAUCAGCUAUUCUUCAACAAAACACUUUAAUACUUAAGAAUUUUUCACAUCCAUCUGUUGCAGUUACAGAAAGACUCAAUGAACUUUUUGCAAUCAAUCCAGAGUUAACAUUAAAUGAAGAUUUCACAAACACAAUCAUUCCUUCUGAAAAUCCAACAAUUAAGAUCACUUCUGAUAAAUUUAGAGUAAUUGCAACAUGCACUGUAGAUGAAAAGAACAAACUUUCUGAUGCAAUGCUUUCAAGAAUGACUAUUGUAAAAACAAAAGAAUACAAAAAUGAGGAUUUUAAGUAUAUUCUCAAUGAAAGCUAUAUUGAAUACAUAUCAGAUCAGGAAUCAAAUUAUACAACAAAUCAAAAAAUUGUUAUCAAUCGUCUAUGUGAAAGAAUUUCUAAAAUUGAAAAAGAUACUUCUCCCUUCACAAUUUUUUCAAUGGCAUUGUAUUGCUAUAAUAUAAUUAAUAUUAAACCAGCAUGCGGACCAUUGCAAACACCUUUGAUAUUUAAGGAAGGGAAAGUUAUAUGCAGUAAUCUUUUCUCCAUUCCUGAUAGGAGAACAGAAAACAGAAAGGGAAUUGUUUUUACAGAGUCAAUUCAAAAGAUGACAGAAUCAUUAUUCAUUUCUGCAGUUAUUAAAUAUCCAACAGUGGUACAAGGAGCUAAUGGUGUUGGAAAAUCACAUGUUAUUAAGUAUCUUGCAUCGGUUUUCAAUGCUGAUGUACUUACGAUUACCAUUUCAAACUUAACGACUAUUGAAAACGUUUUUGGUCACAAUGAAUUGUCACAAACAGAAAAUGGAACAUCAUUUGGAUUUAAACCAUCUGCAUUUCUCGACAAAAUCACAAAUAAUUCGAAUACUGGCAGACCAAUUUGGAUUGUCUUUGAGGAGUUGAACCAAGCUUCGAACUCACUUCUUGAAGCUCUUGCACAGGUAUUUGACCCAGAAUCCAAUACUGUAACAUUACCAAAUGGAGAUAUCGUUCAAAAAGUCGAUUACAUGGUAUUUGGCUUAACAUCAAAGCAGUUGAUCAAUGAUACAAUCAUGAAGCAAGCAAUUGUUUAUAAACAAGAUGAUUAUCAGGAAAAGGAAUUUGUUACUAUUUGUCAAGAAAUUGCUAAUAACAAGAAUAUGAAAUAUGCAGUUAAUGAUUUUCCUCAAGCUUUAUACAAACUUAAGAUUCAACAGAAAGACAAUCAAUCUCAGAUACCAAUAACUAUAAGAACAUUUAAAUUGUAUUUGAAGCUAAUUAAGUCAUUACCUAAUUCUACAAAAAUGAUUCAAAGCAAAUUCCUAAAUAUUCCUAUGGAUAAAACAGAUUCUGAAAUUAAAAUCGGAAUUGAAUCUAAUAAAAUGAUGAUCAAUGGAAAAAGAUUUAAAUAUCACAUUGAUGAUAUCAGAACAAAAUGUCUUGUUCAAAAUCUCACAUCUUCACAGAAGGAACUAUUCUUAAUUUUGAAUUCGAUUAUUUCUCAACCAAUUCCUCUUAUUGUUCAAGGUAAAACAGCUACAGGUAAAUCCCAUGCUGUUCAAUUAUUCGCAGAGGCAGCUGGAAAAGAGGUAACAGUGCUUCAACUAAAUGCAGAUACUUCAGAUUCCAUAAUAUUCGGAGGUUAUAGACCUCUAUCAGAAUUGAAACCAAAACAAAGAUCAGAGAUUCUCGGCGAAAUCAAACAAAUAAAUCCAGAUAUACAAGUUACAGGAUGGACACCAAGCGCUCUAAAGGCUGUUUGCAAGAAACUUGAACUCGAAUUAGACUCUCAUGGAGAAGAUGAUCAGAAGAAAAUCAAUAAUUUAAUUAGAAGAAUAACGAAUGAUUGCCAGUUCUAUAACAUGAUAGAAAAGUACGAUUCAGUAAUUGUUUCUGCAAUGAAGUCAGGAAAAUGGUUGCUUCUAGAUGGUAUUGAAGCAUGCCCGUCAAAUAUAUUUGACAGAAUUAUUUCUCUAUUAUCACCCAAACCAAAGUUAAAUCUUUAUGAACAUGGAUCAAAUAAUAUUAUUGAAGCUCAUAAAGAUUUCAGAAUAAUAAUGACAUACAAUCCAUUUGAUGCAUUGCACAAAGGAAAUAUUUCUCAAAGCGUAUUAAGUAGGUGUUUCAUUUAUAACCUUCAACUAAUUGAUGAGUCAUUCAUCUCUUCAUUCAUUGUUUUAUAUGGGCAAUUAGUUUCUGCUGAGAGAAGUAUCUUUGCAUCUGAAGAAGAAAUGGUUCAAACUAUUGCAAGAAUAUCAAAUACUCAUUUGCUCCAAAAAGGAAGUAAAUUUGGUGAAUUUACUAUAAUUGAUGGAAGAACAUUAAUUAAAAUCGCCAAAUCACUGAUUUCAUUUGUCCCAUUAAAUGAAGAAAAGAUAUUAAAUGCAUUAUAUGCUAAUUAUGGGAGAGGACUAUCCAUUCAAGAAGAUCACAAAGAAGAAAUCAUAAAUCAAUUUAAUACUAAAGUUGAUGAGAAAUAUAUGAAACAAAUUCCAACAAAAUCUGUUGUAAAGAGCACAGAAAUCAAAAACCUUAUUGAAUCACUUCAAAACUUUAAGAGAAGUCAAACACUAAACAUCGAAUUUAUUCUUUCUCAUCUAAACAUCAUCGAAUUUGGAGAACUUGAGCAGUUAAAGCCUGUUGUUAACAAGAUAAUUAGUGAUCAAAAAAUUUACAGAAGCAAUAUGAACUUCUAUCGAGAUGUAAUGGUUUUGAUUAGCGAUUUUAUUAGUUUCAUUACAUGCAAUAAUGCCGAAAUUAUUAAGAAUAAAACUGUCGAAACAGUUAAUGCUAAUGAAUUUCCACAAAUUGAUUUAUUCAAAAGUCGUUCCAAAGCGAUCAUAUACCUUCUUGAAAAUCGAAUCUUCAAUUUUGAAUUGAAAUACUCUGCUUUAGAUUUAAGAUUAAUUGGAGAAUUAAUGAUGGAAAAUAAUGUCAAUAAGUUGAUAUCAAUUCUUAUCAAAUCACCUACAAUUGGAGUAGAAUUCUUUAAGAAAGGAACAUUCUUUGAAAUAGUUGCAGAAUAUUUAAUGUUUUUACGGUCAAAUGGUCCAUUUUGGAUGAUCGGUACUGGAGAUGCUGUUCAGAAGAAUGGCAUUACAUUUGAAUUCGAAAAUAAUGUACUGAAGAAAGUUCAUGAUAAGUCCACACAAUAUGAAGUUGAAAACACUCAAAAUUCGUUGCUGGAAAUAUUAAUACAAAUAACUGGACAUGAAAUUCAAAUAGAAAGUGAACUUGAUAACGAAUGUAUUGAUUAUGAUUUUAUCAAUUCUAUUAUGCAGGAUUCAAAUUCAAUUAUUUAUACAUCAAUUUUCAAUGAUAUUCGUUCAAUGAAAGGAUUCCUUAGAGAUUUUUAUGCAGAAGCAUUCAAUAUUUCCUGUGAUAUCAUUUUCAAGCAAAAUUACAGACUAUUUUCAGAUUGGAGUGCAAUUCUGAAAUACAUUGCGACAAUAUCAAAACAGAACCACAUUUCUCUUACUUCAGAAUUUUGGAACAAGAUUGCCAAGAGUCAUCCUCAAAUAGUGACAGCAAUUAUUAACUUCAAUCUUAAACAAUUCCAAAAUUCUCCAAUUUUAUGCGAUUUUCAGUCAAGGCUUGAAAAAAUUAAUUUAGAAAUUGAUGAUUCUGAAAAUUCAAGUAUUCAGAGGAGAAAACGUCAAUUACAAAAGAUCAACGAGUAUAUUAAUAAGAAAGAACCACACUAUGAAGUAUUAAAAUGGUUCAUUGAUAAGGGUAUAUUCAGCACGAAUAUUUCAUCAACUAUUCUUGCAUUAAUGAUAGAUUAUGCCAAAAUAGAAAUUUAUAUUCCAAAGAAGUUUAAUAUCAAUGAGUUUGGAAGUCUUUACAUAGAUAGCGAAAACAAUGAACAAACAGAUUGGUUCUUUUAUAUUGCAAAACAUUCAUACAUUAUUUAUCUUAUAAAUCAGCUGAAGCAAACAAAAUCUUUAUAUGCUAUCAGAGAAUUAAUGAAACAUUACACACAAUUAAAAUCAAAAUUCAUGAAGCUUUAUAAAUUGGAUCAAGAAAUUUUAUCUGAAAUUCAACAAUCAUCGACAAAAGAAUUAUUUGAAGGAUUAUCAUCAUAUCCAGAGCUAUUUGAUUAUGAAGCAUUAUCAGAUAAAUUUGAUAUUAUGAUUGAUCUUGAAAAAGCCAACUCUCCAAAUUGGAAGAAUACAAUAGAAAAAGUGCUUGAAAUCGUACCUCCUUCAGUUCCAAUCUUAUAUCCCACUCUUAAUGAUGACACAUUUCAAUUGUUUAUUGAAUUUGCUCCAAAGAUUUUCAAAGGAGACAAAGAUUGGCCAGUACUUCAAAAUAUCCUUAAAAAACAGAAUCCAAAGUCAUUUUCUGAAUUAUGUGAAAUCAUUGAUGAUAAUGUUGAAGAUGAUGAAUUAAUUCUAUUGAAAUCAAUAUGCAAAAAUAGAAAUGAGCAAUUCCAAAUCAGAUUGUAUGAUUUGGAACUUUUUAAGGCUAAUCGAAAAGAAUAUCUUCCACUUCAAACCCUUCUCUUUGAAAAAUGUAAGGAAACAGAAAGCUUUUUGGAUAUUUCAGAUAACAAAAUUACAAUUGGACUAGUUAUUUCAAGAUUAUAUUCUAAUUUAACACUUGUUCAAUUAAAUGGGGAUGGAAAUAGCAAAGCUAUUAAGAAUUUUAUAUCACCACUAUAUAAAUCUGCUUCGAAGUUAUUGUUUCAGAUUAUGGAUAUUGCAGAGGAUUCUAAUAUUGAUAACAUUUUUAAUACAUUCAAUUGGAAUAAGGAAAUUGAUGAAGAUGAUAUACAUGAUCUAUCAAAAACAGCAAAAUUCCAAAUGCCAUACUUCUAUCAAGGCUUUGUUCAUUCAAAAACAAAAGAAAUCGUUUAUUUAUCACAAGAACAACUGCCAGAUUUUAUAGAUUCUUCACUUAAAAGGAUCAAAGAGUUGUUCGAUUUUAUCAAAAAUUUCAAAAAUGGUCAAGAUAAUUUGGCAUCAACUCUUAUUAACGGAUGCUUGGUAACAAUCGAGAAGUUUGUCGAAAACAGGAAAUAUCAACAACUUUCAGAAAUUGUUGGUGAAUUUUAUAGAUAUUUAGUCAGAAACUUUGAUAUUGAGAUUAUUAAUGAACUAUAUCAUAAACCGAAAUCUGAAGAAUCUGAUAUGCUAAGGAAAUUAUUUUCUACAGUAUUUUGGAAUCCAAUUGGUACGUUUGGUUUUUAUGUCAACAAUGAAUACAACAAGAAACUUCACGAAUUGCAAAGUGAUAUUGAAUCAAAUGACGAAGAGUUGAAUUCAAUAAAUCAAAUUGAUUUUAUUACGCAGUUUGAUACAUGCUUGAAUAACGAUAAAACCCAAUUUAUGAAUAAAAUUAAUGAAACGAAACUUGAUCGAACAAUUAUGCAGUAUUGGAUGGUUUAUUCUUCUCAUCUCCUUUCUUUUUGUAAUAAUUUACCAACAAUUGAUUAUUUAGAAAAUACUGAUGAGUACGAUUUCAGCCUUUCAGAAUUUAUUAAGCUUUGUGAUCAAAAGCUUGAAUAUGCCAAUUCCAUUAGCAGAGAAUUCGUAGUUCUUAUUAAGAAAAAUAAAGAUCAAGACUAUUUUGAAUACAUAGAUGAAGAAUCCAAUCAGCAUAAAAUAAAGUGCCAGAAAGAAAUAGUUGCAAUUAAAGCGUCAGAUACUUUUCAAUUUGAUGAUAAAUUAUACGAAGUCAAAACUAUUGAAAUUCCAAUUUAUAAAGAGGCAAUUCAAAUAGAUAAGUUUGAUUACAAAAAAUUUAUUGAAAUCCAGAACAAACUUAAGAAUUCUUUGAAGAAUAACAAAGAAAGCAUCAUUCCGAACAUAGGCGUUAUCAAAGUUCUAUUUGGUUCUAAGAAUUCAAAUGAGUUUCGAUCUUUUUUGGAAAAAUUCAAUAAUAAUUGUAAUAACUACGAUUUCCUUUCAGAAUUGAAGCAGUUUGGAAAACCAAAAUUCAGCUUCGAUAAGAAUGAAAACCUGAAAAAUACAUCAAAUUUCUUAGAAGAAUUGAAUUCAUAUGCCAAUAAAAUUGAAACAUUAAUGAACGAUAAAACUGAUAAUUCGAAAGAUAUCAUCAAAAUCGAAGAAAUUCAAAAAAUUAAAAUUACAAGUAACCCAUUUUCAUAUCCAGAACUAUCUGAAAAAGAUUUCAAAUUUAAUUUUAAUAAAAUUAACAAAGCGAAUCUUUUCAUGCCAGCAAUUAUUGUUGAUAAUGACAACAUUCAGUGCACAUUUGCAGACAUAGAUAUAUCAUUAAUGAAUAUAUCACAAAUAGAAUUAACACCAUUCGUAUUUGCUAUUCCUAUAAUUGGACAUGUUGAAAAAUAUAAAAUUAAUCUCCACCAAGAUAAAGAAUGCUAUUUUGAUUUGGAAUUCGAAAAAGAUAAAAUCAAAUUGAGUGUUUCAAUCAACUCCCUUCCAAAACAAAUUCCUGAAAUAGGAGCAAUUCUUCAAAUUUACGAUAUAUCUAUCCCAAUUAGAAUCAAAUUCAGCUACAGGGAUGUAAAACUCUUUAUCAUGUCGGAAAACAACACAUUUAUUGAAGAUAAAGUUCAUGAUUGUUACAUGAUUAAUAAACCAGUUAUGUUUAAAGAUGAAAGGAUUAAAUUAUCAAUAACUGAUGAAGAAGGUACUCCAAUCGAACACUCAUUGUGCUUUACCAAAUUUACAGGAUCUAAACAAAUUGAACCACCAACAUUAAAUUACAAUAAUUGCAUUUCUCAAAUUAGCUUUAAUCGCCCAAUAGAUGUUAAUAUGAGUAUAAAUGCAGAUAUUGAAUCAUUUAGUUCUCAAAAAAUAUCAAUGAAAACAGAACUCAUUGAAAGAUAUAUUUCAUUGAAUCUAUAUAAUCUGAGUUUGACCGAAUUCGAUGACAAAGAAUUUACAUAUGCAGGUAAUUUAGCGUGCACAUAUUACAUUUUAUUCAGUACAUAUAAUGAAUUUGAUGAAGAUGAGUUAACAAUACAAUUUGUUCCUCAAUCUGAAAAUCUCCUUAUAAAUGUCAUAAAUGAUGAUGGAUCUUCAAAUACUUCAUUGUUCAAAUCCAAAACUAUUGGAAAUAAAAUUGAAAAAAUUGUCACUUUCAAUAUGCAUUUCAAGGAUUGGCAAACAGAUUUGAGUCAAAUAAUUGUUCGAGCUUCUUUUGCAAAAGGUUUUGGUUCUAUUCAAAAGGUUAUUAAUGUGAUUCCAUGUUUCGUCAAUAUCGACAAAUCGAAGUUCCGUUAUCGGAUACCUGAAAAACGCCGUGAAUAUCCAUCUCCAAAAUGCAAUGCCAAAAUAAUCGAUUUGGAAUCGAACGCUCAAUGCAUCAUUCAUAUUAAUCAAGCCAUUCAAUAUCAAAAAUUCUGUAUAGUAACACCAUUUUGCUAUCAUGAAGAGUAUAAAAUACCAAAUUGGAAUAUUGAAAUUAAAUAUAAUGAAAAUUCAAAACAGGUAUUUAUUCCUACUGAUGCUAAGAAAUAUAUCGAAUAUUUUGUAAUUUUGGAAAAUAGCAGCUAUGGUGUUCGAAAGGAUCAAAUUCAACCAGGAUGGAACAUAAUCUGUUGCAGGCUCAGUGGUUCUCAAAAUUCCAACCAAAAUAAAAAUCAUUAUCCAAUUGAUCCGAAGUUUGAUGGAUGCUGGUUCCCAUUUUCCAUAGAUUUUGAAAAAAUUAAGAAAAUUAUUUCAAAUCAUAAUAAUAUACAUAAAUUAGUAGCGCAAUUGAUGAUAUUUAUUAACGAACAAACAAAAACUUUGUUCAAUGGAUUAAAACAAGGAAAAGUAGAUAUUGAAAAGAAAAUUAAUAUCGUUAUAGAUAUUUUUGCAAGAAAAAUUAAAGAUAUUCAAGAAAAAGGAAAUCAUUUCUUCAAAAUAUUUGAUUAUCAAAGUGCCAUAUAUGAAGCUCAUAGCAUAAUUCAGCCGCCAAUAAUGCAGUACGAUAACCAAAAAUUAAACGAUAUUGAUCACCAAUUUAAAUGUGCAAUUGCCAAUAAAAUCAUUGGAUUAUCAGCUGAGAAUCAAUUCAAAGCAAUUAAAAGAAUUGUUUUAAAUUCAAAUGAAAAUCUUGAGAAUGAAUUCUUGGAAAGUUUAGAAGCGUUUAAAAAUUAUGAAGAUAAAGAGGAAAUCAAUUCAUUCAUCAAAGAAAUAAUAGAAAAAGCAUAUCUUCAAUUCCUUAACAGCAUUGUUGGAGAAUUUUCACAAGAUUCGGCUUUUAAAUAUAUUGCAGUUCAAGAAAAUAAUGUUAAUGGAAUUAAUGAAUUCAAGCGAGAAAAAAUUAAUCAUUUUCUUCUUCACUCAACAAGAAAUGAGUCAAUUUCAAGCAUUAAUGCAGCAUUGGCUGUUAUUCCAGCAGAACAAACUUUGGAAAAUAUCGAUAUUAUUCUUGAAAAUUCAUAUCAGUUAUGCAUGAAUCUCCCACUUUAUAUUCUUUCAAUAUUAGAAAAUAAUGCCACAAUAGAUAAUGCUAAAAAAAUAUUCAAUUAUUUAAAUGCAAUAAAUGAGUGGAUUACUAAAAUUGAUCAUAACAAUCCAUUUAAACCUAAGACCGAAAAGUUUAAGAGCUACUUCAACCUUAUGAAUGAAAUUUUAUUCGACAACAGCGGAUCUUCAUUUGAAAACUAUAUCCUUCCGAAAACAAUUAGGCCUAAAUCAAAACAAAUUUGGAGCUUAGAAAAUACAAUUCUUUUCAGCGAAACAAUAGAAAUUGAAGAAACAAUCGAGGAGACAUCAAAGGAAACAAUUGAAAAAGCGAAAGUUCAAAUAAACAAAGAAAUUGAAACAAAAGAAACUGGGGACGGAACAAAAACAAGAGUUGUCUCAGAAUUACAAACAAAUGAAGUUCAAAAAUGGAUCCUUGAUAUGAUGUCAAACCCAUCUAAUGAUAUAAAAGUUUGUUUUAGCAAAAAUAUUCUGCAAGAUUACAGUGAUCCUCCUAACAUGGAGAGCGCCAAGCUUUCAGUGCUUCCAAUCAUCAAUGAAUCAAUUCAAUUGGCCCAAAACAUUGUGAAAUAUGCUUCAGACAAAAUGGAUAUAUUCGAAAAGAGUGAUGCCGUUAUCCUUUUGGAUUCAAGUUCAACAAUCAAUGAGACACAAAGAGCUCCAUUUUUCACAUUGUUCACUGCAAUGGCUUACGCAUUAGAGAUGUUGCAUGUUCCAACUGCAUUGGUUGUCUUUUGUGAUAAUGGAUUUCAAUUUUUAGCAAAAGACAAGAAUAGUGAAUUAAAACUAUAUCAUAUACAAAUGGCUCUUGAUGCAUUCUCUGUUUAUAGAAAGUUAUCCGAUUUAGGUGAUGCACUUGAUAAAGUUAAACAAAUCCCAAUGGAUAUAAAUACAAAAAGAACUAUUUAUGUCAUUUCUGAUGGAUUAUUCUACAAUUUACAUGAUACUAAUUCAUAUGCAUCGUUAUUAAAAGAUCAGAAUGUUGUUGUUUCAAUGAUUCUCCACACUUUGAUCGAAGAUGCUGAUAAACAACAAUUAAUUGGUUAUAUUUCAAGCAAUAUCAGGAAAAUCAAUGACAGUUUUAUGGAUGUUAUCAAAUAUCAAUUUGGAUUUUAUGAAGAUCCUAAUACAAUCUUCCAUGAUUCAACCAAAGUAGCCGAAUUAAUUGUUAAUGCAUUUAAUCAAUUCGAUAUGGGAAGAGAAGGAAACAAACAAGUUAUAGUUGAAAGAUAUACUGAUUUUUCGGUCGUAGAUUUCAGAUUAGAAGAAAUCAAUUCUAAUACUACAGAGUUUUAUUCAGCAUCGAUUGAAUCUCUUCUCCAAGAAUCAGAAGGUUUUCCGAAUAUAAGAUUUUGCAGCGAAGAAAUCUUUAUAGCAAAUUGUGAUAAUCAUCAAAAACUUCCAUUAGAUAUUUUCAAGAACAUUAAACAGAACCAAUUAAAGAUUGUUUCUGCAUUUGAACCAAAUAAACCAACGCAGUUUUCGCAGAGCACAAAAGGAAGCAAUAUUUCAUUGAAAGGUUUCAUACAAUUUUAUAUUACUCAAGGUCAAGAUCAGAGAAUUUACCUGGAAAAGAAUUCAGGAUUCAUACUUUCUCAUUCUUUGUUUGUUGUUAUUGAUGCGAGUGAAAGCUGUUUCAAUCAAUUUACAGCAAACUUUUCAUAUCAAACGAUUGUUUUCACACUUUUAUCUCUGAGAAAUGCUGAUUUCGAUUCUGUUUCAAUCUUCAUCACAAAAGGAAAUAAAGUUUAUCAAAUUUGCCACGAAUGCUCUUCAUUAAAUGCAUUUGACGAAAACUCCGAUAUCUGGGCAGCAAUUUAUUCUUUAUGCAUUAAUCCUGAAUUGAAAUCGGAUAUCUCAAGUGCAAUAAAUGCUGUCUAUGAGUUGAGAUCAAAACAAAAUACCAAGAGUUCAAUUUGCUUAUGUUUCACCGAUGCAUUAAUUUCUAAAAAUGAACUAGGCAAAGUUGGAACAUUAAUUACAAUGCUCGAACAAAGAAACACUCCAGUAUUCGGAAUAGGAAUUGGAUUUAAUCCUAUUAAUAUCAAGAGGGCAUUUAAAUACCCAAUUAUAUCUGCAAAUCCUUUCAAUAUUCCAAUAGCUCUUGCUCAAUCAUUGAGAGGCCAAUUCAAUCCUUCAGUGCAAGUUAAACCAUUUGAAGCUAAAGAUUCAAACGGAGAUAUUGUGAAAGUUAUAUAUAAUAUAAUUGAUUCUGAUAGCAAAAAUCCAGUUUUCCGCGACAUUUUUAAUUUACUUGAUAAUAUUCAAAGAUCUGAAGAAACAAACUCUAUUUAUUAUAAUCAAAAUAUUCGUUCUGUUCAGAAAGAUAAUUCAAAUAAUUCAAACUCUGGAAUCUAUAGAUAUGAAGAUUAUGGACUUACAAAUAUUUUAGGCGGAUAUAAAUAUUCAAACGUUCAAAAAUCAACUUCUACAACUAUCCAAACCAAAGAAGGUUUGAAAAACGAAAAUGAUGAAGUAUUUGAUUUAGGAAGAGGAAAAAUCUGGAACCAGAAUAUUUUGAUUUGCCAAUUUUGGGAUUACUGUAUGAUGAAGGCUAAUACUACAGGAGAAAGCGAUCACAUUACUAGAAAAUCUCUUGAAAGCAGAGAUGGAAUUAUUGCAUCAUUGUCUGGACUUGGAAUUAAAUGCAGUAUCGUGCAGAAUUAUCUCACUGCAAUUCAAUACCUUCAAUCAGGAAAGUUUUCUCAAGCAUGGAUAAUUUGUGGCAGAGGUGAAGAUAGAAAACCAGAUGAACUUUAUGAAGGAGGUUCAUCCAAAUAUAUAGAUAUUUUCAUUGAUAUACUUAUUGAAUUCCAGAAGCGAGGAGGAUCUUUGUUAUUCUCUGCUGAUAACAAUCCAUUAACUUAUGAGUUGAACAAAUUCCUUGAAAAAGUAAAUCUCGAAGGCGAAAAGAUCAAAUUCAGAUUUAGUGUUGAUGAAAAAGGUGGAGAAAUGCUUAGAUUCGGAAACAUUGAUGGAGAUGAAGCGAGAAUAUUCGAUGAAAGAUCAUAUAUUGAUGUUCCAGGAAGCAAGAGACCUUUGUACGGAUUCAAUGUGAAGACUUUAUAUGAAGGUACAACUAUUUCAUGUGUCCCAGGAGAUGCCGAUCUUGGUCCUUUCCAGCCAUUCAUUGUCACAACACAAGGUAAUUUCAGCAAUCUCUACUAUAUGUCGCCACCAGAAAGUUUGGCUGGUGAUAUUAUUCUCGAUGGUUCUUUCACUAGAUUCUUCAAUGAGCUACACAAAGAAGGAACUUUGAGAUUGGUUCGAAAUAUUGCUGUAUGGCUCCUCUCUGUUGAAAAGAGAGAAAGAUUAUUAAGGAGUUAUAAACUUGCAACAACAUGGCAACCAGAGAAAUUUAAUAUUGAUUUACCAAUGGCUGUUCCUUCACUCAAAUUUAAUGAAUAUGUUGAUGGCAGUGUUAUUGAUAUUUGCUUUGUUGUUGAUGCAACUGGUUCCAUGAGAAAUUUACCAGGCCGAAAUGGAUUAGUAUUAAGGGAAACCACAAGCUCAAUGAUAACUGGAGCAAAAAGCAUAUCAAAGACAUUGAUAAAAUAUAUCAACGACAAUUAUUCUGAUUGCAAUGUUCAAUACUCUGCCGUAUUCUUUAGAGAUUUAGCAAUGGCAAGAUACGUUGGGCAUAUAAUGCAAAAUAGAUCAGAUAUUAUUAGAUUCCAAUCGGCAAAUCACUUUGAUCCAGAUAAAUUCGAUUAUAUAUCAUGUGGCGGCGGGGCAAAUGAUGGACCUGAAGAUUGGGUUCAAGCAUUUGACGGAGUUCUAGCAAUGGAUUGGAGGCCAAAAUCAAAGAAGAUCAUGAUUAUGAUUACAGAUGCCAGUUGCCAUGGAACUAGCUUUGAUUCAAAGACAAAUAAAAGAAUUAAUGAUACGACCAUUGAUAGAGAAGAAGAACCUAAAAUGCUUGAUAGAAUUCAAAGAAUUGCCCAAAAAGGAAUUGAUGUAUGCUUCUUUUACACUCAUAUGAAUGCAUACAAGGCAGUUAAUGCAUUUGAAACUUAUUUCCAUAGAUAUGGUGGAAAAGAGUUCAAUACAAUGUAUGAGCAAUUUGAUAACAGUGGAAUUUCUCUUAGAUCUCAAGUCACCAGAAUGCUUCAAAGAAUUAUUGAUGACGCUGUUGCUUCUUUCAAUGUUGGAAAAGUACAGGAAACAUAUUCAAAUUCAACUGUUCUUAGGAAGCAUAGAGCCCAAAGAAGAGAAAUUCGAACCCAAUUACUUGGUAAUCACGAUUCUUCUGAAUUUAUCACUCCAAAACCAACUCAAAUGCCUAAGUUUGAGCCAAAGGAUGAAACUCCCAAACAACUUAGUAAAAAACAAAAGAAAAUGAAGAAAAAACAAAGGAGACAAGAAAAAAGAGCUCAAGAGGAACUUCAAAGAGCUCAAAACAAACACACUGAACACAAUGAAAGAAUAGAUGAAGAUGAUGAAGACAUAAAUGAGAAUUAA